ACCUUCUUGAAUAAAUGUGAAAAAAAAACAUAUGCGAAACAAAACCUCCACAAGCAAGAGUGAAGGAAUAGAACCAUCCAGCACUAGCAUUACAGCAUAUUCAGGAUAUUUCAAUUUCCAGUUCCAGACGAUUGUCAGCAGACUGGGCACAAAAUUCUCCCCAGGCCUUCGCGUCCAGAUUUCAAAAUGGCGCGGAUGGUGUUUUGACUGUGUGGUACUGUAUGUUGCUUAAGAAAGUCAUAUUCCAAGAAAAGAACCUUUCUAAUCAGGAGAAAGGUCGCCAUUGAAAGGUUUCGAGAUAAUUUUCAACACUUGUGGACCAAAUGGACGACGUUUUGACAUCCGAGCAUUGUGGGAACAUGAGUUUUUAAAUUAUUGUGCAAAAUUCAGCCUAUUUGCAGGUAUUUGCGGUAAUCGUCGUCGCGUUCUUUGCAAGCUUUCUGGAGUACGGUGAAAAAAGAUGAGAGGUGGUAAGCACACAGAAUUGCUGGGAUGUAUCCGAACUGGAGAUUUAAAGGAUGUCCAAAGGUGCUUUUCAACGAAGGGAAACCUCGACAAGUUGAAUCCUUUGUUGACGAAGAAAUUUGAGCCACACGGAGAAACAGCUCUGCAUCUGGCAGUUAAAUAUCGGCGUGAAGACAUUGUGAAGUGGUUGUUGCAACUGGAAGCUGAUAUUCAUGCUACUGACUGUUUUUCACGCACUGUCCUUCAUACAGCUACCGAUAAAACUGAAGAUGUCCAUUCAAGCACUUUGUCUGCCCCUGAUACUUCUACUGAUGAAACUAAACACAAUAACAUCAUUGAAUUAAUUCUCAGUUGUGAAGGUGUUAAUGUUAAUGCCACAGAUGAGUAUGGACAUACUCCUGUUAAGAUUGCAGCAGAGAGUGGAAAAUGUGAAGCAGUGAGGUUGCUUCUAAAUAAAACAGCAAAUAUCACCAUAGCUGAUAAAACAGAUAACACAACUCUGCAUGUUGCUGCUAAAAAAGGACACAAAGAUGUGUUGGAGUUGUUACUGAAAACACUUGGUAACAAUAACACAGGUAUCAUUGGAAAACAAAAUAAGGAUAAGGACACACCUCUUCACUUGGCUGUUACAAGUAAAAAUCCAACUUGUGUUGCACUGUUGUUAAAUGCCGGUGCAGCUUCUACAAUGGAGGUGAAAAAUGAGCAAGGCCAAACUGUGACUGAUUUGGCUAGAGAACAUGGCAAUGAAGAAAUCAUCAAAUUACUGAAAAAUCCUCAAAAAGUGAAAGAGUUCCUCCUGGGGAAGGCAAAGUCAGUUACUUCAAAAUCUUCACUUGGAAGAUUUUGCUCUGUGGAGUCAGAUAGUUCUGCCAUCAAUGCUGGAAGGCAAGAAUUAGUCCUACUGCACCCUUCCCAAAAAAUUGUGCCACUUCAAGUCAAUGCAAACCAAGUAAUCUUUAACCAGCAAAUUAACACAAACAUCAGUGGUGGAACUGUUGCUGUGGGACCUGGUUCUCACGUGGUAAAUGCACAAGAUCUAACUGCUGUAAAUAAUGUACCUCUACAGUCUGGGCCACCUGACGAGAGUAAUUUUGACGUGACCGUGACUGGCGGUAACGCAUGUGUGGGUGUCCGUCCCGUGAUCAAUGUGGCCCCAGGAACACCCGGAACUCCAGGUACUGCUGGUAGCAGAGAUGGUCCAUUCUUUCCAGGACCCCAAGAGAAUAAUGAUACUAGCUCAGGAUAUCCUACAGAAAAUCCAAGUACGGAGUUAUUGCCCGGUCCGUGUCAAGAAGCAUCUUCAUCGGAUAAGCUGAAUGAGUCAGCUCGCCUUCCAGUUCAAGAACAGUCACAGGCAGAUAAAUUAAGUGAGUCAGCUCGCCGUCCAGUUCAAGAGGAAUUUCCGGCAGAUAAAUCAAGUGAGUCAGCUCGCCGCCCAGUUCAAGAAGAAUUUCCGGCAGAUAAAUUAAGUGAGUCAGCUCGCCGCCCAGUUCAAGAAGAACAGCCCACAAAUAAAUCGAACCUGCAAUCAUUAUCCAGUCCGGUUCAGGAGGAAUGCUCGACGGAUAAAUUGAAUGUUUCAUCAACUAGCCCAGUUGAGGAGAAGUCGACUGCUUCACUGCCCUUUUCAGUACCUGAACAAAAACCUGCCCUAAAAGCAGAUGGACAAAUAAACAGUUCUCACAUGAGUAACCAACCCAGAACUGAAGGUAGUGGACCUGGCGGAUCCUCCACUGAUGGAAGAGUUACAGACAUUGGACCUGCUAACGAUAUUGGAACUGUGGACAACGCGGCAAUUGGAACCGUUAAAUCUGUGAGAGAUGGCACUGUGCAAGAAGUUAUUGCACCUUUUGAUGCUGUUGAGGCUGCUGAAGACAGCAGUACUACCAGUAAUUCUGGGAAGGCGUUAUUAGGGGCCACGUCGUUCAAGCCCGAUGAAGCAUCAAAGCAAACGUGGCAGAGAAAUCUAAGAAGUGGAAGUCCUAGAAAUACCAGCCCAAUAACUCGUUCAGUGCCGAAGGCGGCACAAGAUCGAUUGUUACAUGAGGUGAAUUGUUCCCCAUCCAACGACAUGUUCGGUUUGGAUCCACGGUGUGGGGCACCAGAAUCACAGCUGAAAUUAUCUGGUAACAGGGAUGUUGCACUACCUCGAGUUUCCCUAGCAGACAGCUCAGGAACUUCUUUGCUGGUCAAAACUCCAGAGAAGCCAAAGUCAACUGUGGCACCAAGUAUCAAUGUUGCCUCUAAUGUUACCGAUGCUGGCCCCUAUAUUAGACCUCCCUUGGCUAGCCCCACAUGUGGCUCCAGCAUUUCAUUGACGUGUGCUCCCUCUCCUUCUUGCAGCAAGGAGUCUUCUCACAGAAAGGCUCAACAGUCCAGAGAUGAUGCGAUUCUGGAUAGCAACCUUCCUGCCGGUGCAGUGUCAAAUGUUAACCAAUCAAUGAGAACUGCUUGUAACGGUGAAGCGUCGUUUCCAGGUAAUCACCAUGGAGACAACCCCGUAGGUACUUCACGGGACAACAUUAGCAGUGGAACGCAAUCGUCAGCAGAUGGACAUCCGACCUCCAUCUUAAAAGACGACAAUCCGGAGGAUGACCGUAAAGGUCACCAAACAUGUGAACCUGAAUGUCGCCUCAUGUAAACUUAAGCGGCGCUUAGAAGUAAAAAAAUUAAGAAGUUUAUCGAAAACGCUUUAAUAUGAAAGUUGCAUUUGGCUGGAGUUUUCGUACAAAGAUGCUUCAAUUUUAGUGACAUUUUAAAGGAGCAUUUUCAGACCAUUCCAAAAAGUUUUAAAAUUAAAUAGAAGUGACUAAGUUUAAGGCUUAGUUUUGUUUAGCGACUUAGUAGGUAAGCCGUAUGUGGCAGCUGUUCUCAAAAGGAUAUAGGUAUGUCUUAAGUGAAAAAAGGAACCUUCAGAUCUAGAAGCUGUUUUCUAGGCCGCAACAAUAUGGGAUUUCUCUCAGCAUCUUGAUACUGGUAGAUGGUGGUGCUUUCAUUAUGACGAAAAAUAGAAACGAUAGCUAUUUCAUAGCUUAAUAGAUUCAUAUGAUAGUUAUUUAAGAAUAGAGUAUUUAAAAAGCCUAAUUAUUAUUUUGCUUACUAAUUUUAUUGGCUUCAUGAAGAAGCAAUGUAUAUUAAGUUCCCUCCCAGUUUCUGAGCUCUUUUAGCUUGUCAUCGUUAUUCAAUCGGAAACGUUAGUGAUUCGCUCGGGAAAGUUCGUGCUUCACUCGGGGAAAAAAUUGUUGCAUUAAUAAAUUCCCUGAAUACCCAGAGUAAUCAAAGCACUUGGGAUAUUGUCACGUGAGCUUAUCGGAGACUACAUCACGUUGCCUAGCGACCUGCAAGAUGGCAACCGUGGACUCAUCAGAUUUGGAGUCUUGAAAUACGCUAAAUAUUUGUGCAAACAGUUAAUCUCUCUCUACAGAAGGUGGUUAUUGACUGUACUUUCAAGAUUGGAAUGUUUUUAUUUGUUUGUAUGGUUAUUUGAAGAAAUAUCUAACGUAAGGUUUCAAAUGCGUCUCACAAAAUGAUAGAAAGUAAUAAAUAGUAAAUAGAAGAAGUAAAAUAAAAUACAUCGCAAAUUAA